AUGGAAAGGUUACACUCCUCCAUGCGUAAACGGCUCUACAGUUUGCCACAGCACAUUGGACAGAAAGCAUCUAUAAUGGGCGAAGGAGAAGACGCAGACAAGGACACCCGGAGGAAGAGUCUUAGGAUGAAGCCUCUACCGUCACCGACCUCUGGGGGAAGCUGCAAAGGCAUCGGGGAGACCAAAAGUGGGGAGUCUGUGAUCAUGGAGACAGACAUAGGGAGACCGAUGAAGACCAGCUCAAAUGGAGACUGUCGGAGAUUUCGAGGCAGCCUCUCGUCCAUCACAAGUCGCCAUGUGCACGACUCUGACUCGGCGGAGGAAAGGCGCCUCAUCACCGAGGGGGAUGUCACCCCGAGCGAGGAGAGCCCCCCCGGAGCCAUCGGCGAUGAGCCGCCUGAUCAAGGCGCGCAAGGGGCCAGCGGCGGCGGCGGUACCCAAAAAGACUCCACUGACCAGCAGCCAGGGUUUAUAAAGUUGGAUGACAUUGAUCAAAUUCUGCCGGACGAUGAGAGAUUAUAUCAAGCUGGGUUCAUACACAGACAGUUCGGGGCAAUGCUUCAACCCGGGGUCAACAAGUUCUCCCUGAGGAUGUUUGGAAGUGAGAAGGCGGUUGAACGGGAACAAGAGCGGGUUAAAUCCGCCGGAUUUUGGAUAAUUCACCCGUACAGUGAUUUCAGGUUUUACUGGGACUUGACCAUGCUGCUGCUGAUGGUGGGCAACCUCAUCAUCAUCCCUGUGGGCAUCACAUUCUUCAAGGAUGAACAUACGCCCCCCUGGAUUGUGUUCAACGUGGUCUCCGAUACCUUCUUCCUCAUGGAUCUGGUCCUCAAUUUCAGGACUGGUAUCGUCAAGGAGGACAACACAGAGAUCAUCUUGGAUCCGCAACAGAUUAAGAUCAAGUACUUGCGGAGUUGGUUUGUGGUGGACUUCAUCUCCUCCAUCCCCGUGGACUACAUCUUCCUCAUCGUGGAGACGCGCAUCGAUUCGGAUUUCUACAAGACAGCGCGCGCCCUGCGGAUUGUGCGCUUCACAAAGAUUCUCAGCUUGCUGCGACUCCUGCGUCUCUCGAGACUCAUUCGCUACAUCCACCAGUGGGAAGAGAUCUUCCACAUGACCUAUGACCUAGCCAGCGCCAUGGUGAGAAUAGUCAACCUGAUCGGCAUGAUGCUGCUGCUGUGUCACUGGGACGGCUGCCUGCAGUUCCUGGUGCCCAUGCUGCAAGACUUCCCCGCCGACUGUUGGGUGUCCAAAAAUAAGAUGGUGAAUGACACAUGGGGACAGCAGUACUCCUACGCACUUUUCAAAGCUAUGAGCCACAUGCUGUGUAUUGGGUAUGGCAUGUACCCUCCGGUGGGCAUGACAGACGUGUGGCUGACUAUCCUCAGCAUGAUUGUGGGUGCUACCUGCUACGCCAUGUUUGUGGGCCACGCGGACCGCGCUAAUCCAAUCCCUCGAUCAUCUCGACGGCAGUACCAGGAGAAGUACAAACAGGUGGAGCAGUACAUGUCCUUCCAUAAGCUGCCAGCAGAUAUGAGGCAGAGAAUCCACGACUACUAUGAGCAUCGUUACCAGGGCAAGAUGUUCGAUGAGGACAGCAUCCUGGGAGAGCUGAACGAGCCGCUGAGAGAGGAAAUCGUCAACUUUAACUGUCGAAAGCUGGUGGCGUCCAUGCCUCUGUUUGCCAACGCGGACCCCAACUUUGUCACCUCCAUGCUCACCAAGCUGAGGUUUGAGGUGUUCCAGCCUGGGGAUUAUAUCAUCAGGGAGGGCACCAUCGGCAAGAAAAUGUACUUCAUACAGCACGGGGUUGUCGGUGUACUAACCAAAGGCAAUAAAGAGACCAAGCUGUCAGAUGGCUCCUACUUUGGAGAGAUUUGUUUGCUGACGCGGGGCAGAAGGACGGCCAGUGUCCGAGCGGACACAUACUGUCGCCUGUACUCUCUGUCUGUGGACAACUUCAAUGAGGUGCUGGAGGAGUAUCCCAUGAUGAGAAGGGCAUUUGAGACUGUUGCCGUGGACAGACUGGACCGUAUUGGCAAGAAAAACUCCAUCCUGCAGCACAAGGUACAACACGACCUCAGCUCUGGUGUACUCGACUACCACGAGAGUGAGAUCAUUCAGCAGAUUGUGCAGCAUGACAGGGAUAUGGCCCACUGCGCCCACCUCUUGCAGAACGCUCCACCCCAGACGCCUCCUUCCCCUAUCCCUGUCAUUUGGGCCCCCCUCAUCCAGGCCCCUCUCCAGGCAGCAGCUGCCACCACCCCUAUUGCCCUGACGCACCAUUCCCACCUUCCACUUAGUCUUUUCAGACCUCCGGUUUCACUACUGGGGUCCCUAAAGGACCCUCCCCUUAAGAAGUUCCACACAUUUGUUUAUCCAUCCACAACACCUGGCUCUGGUGGAGACUCCCCUUCUAGCACACCAUCUAAACUGCACACUGGGGUGGACAUGCCAUUGCUGGCCUCUUUUCGGGCUCUGCACAUGACGUCAGAUACAGGGACAACUGGAUCUAUCCAACAGGCCUCAGGUAGCGGAGGCCAGCAUGGACCUAGUGGGACUGGCUCGGGGUCCAGUGGAAGAGGGGCUUCUGCUUUCCCUUUCGGACCAUACUCUUCCUUUGGUUCACCCUCAUCUAGUAUGGCCCAACUACACACACAACCACAGCGUCAACAGUCGUUUCGCUCCAGCACCCCACCUCUCUCAAACCUCUUCAACCAAGGAUCUACAGGUGGAAGCACAGGGUCAGGAAUAAGUGGAGGGGCAGUUGGAGCCUGUGGUGGUGCUACAGGGUGGUCUUCAGGUGGAGCAGUUGGAGGGUCUGUGGAAGGAGCCAUGGGAGGAGACACUGCUUGGGCUGGAGAGGACUUUACAACUGGAACGACAGGGCUACUGCCUGGAGCGCACUUUGGGUUGGGGGGAGCUACUGGUGGAUCAGUAGUCGAGAUCUCAGGGGAUUCAAUGGGAGGGAUAUCUGAAGGAUUAGUAGGAGCUGCUUGUGGCAGGUUAGCAGGGGGGGCAUCAGGGGGAUCAGCAGGGGGCAUUACAUGCGGGUCAAUAGGAGAUGCAGCCAGGAGAUCAAUGGGAGGGACAUCUAGGGGAUCAAUGAAAAGAGCUUCUGGGGGAUCAGUGGGAGGGGCUUCUGGAGAGUCACUGGUAUUGAUGACUACUGCAGGAUCGUUGGGAAAGGCUUCUGGUGGAUCAAUAGGAGUGGUUUCUGGGGGACCACUUGGAGGGGUGGCUGGUGAUUCUAUGGUAGGGAAUCCUGGAGGAUUGUUGGGAAGGGUUUCUGAUGGAUCCACAACUAGCCGUAUAGGAGGUGUGAGUGGGUCAGGGGGAGCGGUGAUUGGAGGACAUAUUGGCAGAGCAUCAGGAGGAGCAUUAGGGAGCCAUAUAGGGUGUCCGACAGCCUGUCCUGUAGGAGGGACUUCUGCUGGAAUUACAGCUGGACUUCUUGGUUCCUCGUGUUGUCAGAGUCCUAUAUCUACCGGCUCAUCCAGCCCUACGCCUGGUCAGCUUCUACAUAGCCAGCCACCUCCCAAGCCGCCUCAGGUAGCUCCUUUGCAGCAGUUUGCUGGGGGAGGCAGGACAACCAGUGGCUUAAACUUCUUCCAUUCCCCUCCACAUGGCUCUCCAUCCUCUAGCAGAGGACAGCACAGCCAGCAGCCUGCUGAGGUCUCCCCAUCAUCCCUCAGCCACUUCAGCCUGGCAGGCCUCCAGUCUGGCUUACUGCCUCACCAGAUGUCCCUGGAGAGGUCUGCCCUGGCCUCCCUGGCCCAGUAUGGUUCAGCAAAUGCCUCCCCCUGCCUUACCCCAGUGGCGCCCAGCCCUACUAUUCAAAGCCCAGUGGCGGGUAGGACUUUCUACUACAGCGACCCCUCAAGUGCCACAGGAUCCCACAGUUCUCCAUUCAUGCCUCACUCUUUUCUCCCUUCACAGCCUCCCAGCCAGCUAUACACAACAGAGAGAGAUUCUCCACUGGGCCAUUAUUCUGAGGACCUUAAGCUUUUAUCCAGCUCGCACCCAACUCUGCCCCAGGAGGUGGCCCAGGCCUUAGGCCACCAUACUGCUUGCCCCUCUGUGGAAACUGGAUAUUACCCCUCACCCUUUUCCUCGCCCACUCUUGUGCCCAAACCCUGUAGCUCAGUGCCAGAACACAUGACUCCUCCAAUCCACUUGUCUCCGGGGCACACUCACCAGACUCAGGCCCCUGGGACCUCCCUGGCCUUACCACCACGGAGGGCCUCUGCUGCCUACUCAUCAGAUCUAGAACCUCAAACUGUCCGCUCUAAACUCCCUUCCAAUUUGUGA